AAUAGUCAAAAUCAUUGAGCAUUUUUUGGACUUUGACAAGAUGAUAAGAGCCAAGUGGCUUGUAAAGGAGUUGCACGAGCUUCUACCUUCAAGAUGGUCACAUUUUUAUAUUACCAAUAACAAGAAUCGUUUGAGUAGCUAUACUACUAACCUUUCCCAUCCUUGUUUGAAGAAACUCCAUACUUCUGCUGCUGAUUUUCAAGUACAACAGAGCGAUCCAAUGGUGGUGGGUAUGACUCCUCGUAGGAAACUUCCACAUAACUUUGGAUUUGUUGUAGUACCACAGCAGUGGAACUACAUCGUAGAACGUUUUGGGAAGCUCCACGUUAAACUAGAACCCGGACUUCAUUUUUUGAUACCAUUUAUUGAUAGGAUUGCAUAUGUCCACAGUUUAAAGGAGGAAGCAAUCAGCAUUCCUAACCAAAUGGCUAUUACUAGAGAUAAUGUGACUAUUCAUAUUGAUGGAGUGCUCUAUGUUAAAGUGGAAGAUGCAGUCUUAGCUUCUUAUGGUGUAGAGAAUCCAUACCGUGCACUUGCUUUAUUGGCACAAACAACUAUGAGAUCUGAGUUGGGAAAACUUUCUCUCGAUAAAACUUUUGAAGAAAGGGAAGCACUCAAUGCUCGCAUCGUCAAUGCCAUUAAUGAUGCCGCAAGAGAUUGGGGAAUGCGUUGUCUUCGUUAUGAAAUACGAGAUAUUAGUCCUCCUGCCAACGUUAGAAAAGCGAUGGAAUUACAAGCUGAGGCUGAGAGGCGUAAAAGAGCUCAGAUCCUCGACUCUGAAGGAGAACAACAAAGUGACAUUAAUAUAGCAGAAGGAAGAAAGAGAGCAACUAUAUUAUCUUCUGAGGCAGUCCGUGCUGAACAAAUCAACAGGGCAAAUGGUGAAGCGGAAGCCAUAUUGCUAAAGGCAAACGCCACUGCGAAGGGAAUAGCUACAGUAGCAGCAUCUAUUAGAGCAAAUGGAGGCUUAGACGCGGUGUCUCUUCGAAUAGCAGAACAAUACAUUGCAGCAUUCUCCAACCUUGCUAAAGAAAGUAAUACUAUAUUGCUUCCUUCAAAUACUAAUGAUGUGAGCAGUAUGGUUAGUCAGGCUUUGUCCAUAUUCAAAGCCCUCACUAGGAAUGAAUCAUUCAACGCCAAACCAGAUAAAACUGAAGGAAGAGAUACGCAAGAACAGCAAUCCGCUCAUUCACAAGAAAGCCAAAGCGAUAUAUAUUCUGUGUCGCCUAUACUGCGUGGAGAUUCCAAUCGUUCCAAUUCAACUUGAAACUUUGACUCAAGUUAUUGACAUU